AAAAAGAUGGGAAGAAUUAGAUGUGCGAUUAAGCGAUCCUGUAUUAAAAACACUUAAACAAUUAAAAUUUCUCGAUAUGACACCAGUUCAGGCAGCUUGUAUACCGUUAUUAUUGAAUGGUAAAGAUGUUGCAGCAGAAGCAGUUACAGGCAGCGGAAAGACACUUGCUUUUCUUGUUCCUCUAUUGGAGAUAUUACAAAAACGACCAGAAAAAUGGAAAACUAUGGAAGUAGGAGCGAUAAUAAUUAGUCCCACAAGAGAACUAGCUACACAGAUUAGUGAAAUUUUGGAAAAAUUUUUAGAAAGAAUUCCAUCAUUGAAGCAAGUAUUGUUAGUUGAAGGUGUGACACUUAAGGAAGAUGCAGAAAAUUUGAAGAAGGGAGUGAACAUUAUCGUUGCCACACCUGGCAGAUUACAAGACAUUUUAUCCAAUUAUAGUUCCAUAAAUUUGAGUUUGUGUAUAAAAUCUUUGGAGUUUCUUGUUUUAGAUGAAGCAGAUAGAUUGCUAGACUUAGGAUUCUCUGCAACUUUAGACAGCAUUUUAAACUAUUUGCCACGUCUUAGAAGAACAGGAUUAUUUUCUGCAACACAGACGAAAGAAUUGCAACAAUUAAUUAGGGCAGGUCUGAGAAAUCCAGCAUUGAUAGUUGUGAAAGAGAAAUCUAAUGUUUCAACGCCUGUAAAUUUGAACAACAGUUACACAAUUGUUCAACCUGAACACAAAUUAUCAGUAAUGAUAGAUUUUAUACGUUCAAUAGGAUUUAAAACAAAAUAUAUGAUAUUUUUAUCUACCUGUGUGUGUGUGGAUUACUUCAGUCAGGUUAUACAAGUAUUAUUACCAUCAAUAAAUGUGCUAGCUUUACAUGGUAAAAUGAAAAGCAAGAGAUAUAAAGUGUUUGAUCAAUUUCGACAUGCUGAAAAUGGCAUUUUAAUAUGUACAGAUGUAAUGGCUCGUGGAAUUGAUAUAUCUGAGAUAAACUGGGUGUUACAAUAUGAUCCUCCAUCUAUUGCUAGUAGUUUUGUACAUAGGUAACAAUGUGGAUAAUAUAAGGAAAUAAUAAGU